GCAGAGGUUCAGAGACAGCAUGGCAAGGGUUCUUCUCAUACCAGGAAAAGCUUAACCUGCUAAAUUUCUGUGUGUGAAGCUACUGUUAAAAGGAACAAGAGGAAGUCCAUUUAAAAAGUGGCAACCUGACCUGAACUGUAUUUGCACAGAGAUCAUACUAUCUACUUUGAAACUGGCAAGAGCAUAGCACCAAGAUCAAAGCAACAGCCAUUGCUUAAUGAGAGAAGAUCAGCUGUACAAACUGUCCUGUUCUAAGAGUUGGAGCUGAAGACACAGAGAAGAUUGGCUACAAGAACCAUUCCCCGAGCAAACCUCAGAAGAGAUUAUCCCAGAAAAGAAGCCCCAGGAGCUGCCUCAGCACGGCCUUAGCACUAACUGCCUCUGAAUGUUCCUUCUCAGAACUCCUUGAAACGGUACCAAGCUCCACCAAAGCCAGCACUUGAGAAAGAGGGAGUGGUUCCAGGCGCGUAACAAUGAUAGGGCAAGGGGAGACAGUUGUCUGGGGGCCCCACUGCCUGGAGGGGCACCCCAGAGGCACCUCAUGUGACUCCCCAUUGCCCCCUGCCCAGCCCCAUAGCCUCUCAGCCACUUGCCCUCUUCGCCGUCUCUCCUGCUUGUUCUGCUGGCCCACAAUCGAAGCAGCAGGCAAGCUGCAAAGAGCUCCUUUUCUCCUGCCUCUCAGCUGAUCAGCGGGUGGGCGGGGCUUCCACGGAGGCCUCAGUGUAGGCCGCAGUGAAGCCUGAACUCGAGUAGGGCCCAAGCAAGCCAGGAAGCAGGAGGCAGCCAGAGUGUUCUCUGCAGCAGAAGACCCCUUGCUGCCCUGCUUAACCCAGACCAGCAUUUGCCAGCACAGCAUCCCUCCCGUGGUGUUGCUGGCAUCUGCUUGAUGUUUCUUUUUGGACUGAGAGCCCUUUGGAGACAGGGGACCAUCUUAUUCAGGACAUGGGAGAAGGAUGCCCCUUACUCCACGGCGUGGGCAGCCUUGAUGGGGCUACUCCUGUGGCUCCUCUCAGUGACUUCCAUCCACAGGAGAUAUAUGAAGAGUGCUCCGUGGCCAAAACGAGCAAAUGGUCACUGAAGUCAUUCUCGGAUGGCUCCAGGAUUCAGAUGGUCAACACUGGGAACGAGAUCCUGGAAGAAGCACAUGCCAUCAGUUCCCCGAGGAGUGUCUUCACGGUUGAGGAGGAUGGAUGGUUUCUGCAGACCGUGGACACCGAAUGGUCUUGUGAGAGUCCUGACAUCCAAGAGGCCAAGAUCCCAGAAGACAAGACUAGGGAUCAGGAGUUGGACAUGGAGAGCUUUGUCAGUUCCCCGAGCAUCCAGAGGCCAAGCACCGUGUUGAGGAGGCUGCAAAACACCGCCGCUGACCAAGAGCCAUCCCUUGGAGAGAGUUCUUCCUUCCCGGGGGCCGAGACUCCACCCGCCAGCGUGGAGGACGAGGCAUCAGAAGGGGACUAUGCCACCAGUUCCCCCAGAGUCCCGAAGCCAAAGGAGUGGCUCAUCAAGAAGAUGAUGAAGAACACCUACACGGUGGAAGACUCAUCCUCCGCGGAGUGCUCCUCUACGGACGAGCACGACACGAUGCAUGAGAUCAGCAGCAUCGAGGACGAGGUGUGGGACUCUCCACUGACACCCAUUUCGGCCAGGAACAUCGAUGAAGAGGAAAGAAGAGGACAGCUGGCCCCAGAUUGGUUCUCCUUGGUCCAUCUGGGAGAGGGGAGAGCAACAAAGAAGAUUGGGGACGUCGUCCGGUGUGUGGAGUAUGCCAGUGAGGUGGAGGAGAGGUUCCCCGAACUCCUGGUGGGCCUGGUGAACAAGAUCCUCACCGGCCUGCAGAACACCACCGAGGGAGUUGGGAACCGAGACAGCCAAGACCUGCCUCCUGAGGAGACCGCGCAGAUUGUCCGGACCCUGCUGGAGAGGGUGGCACAGGUGACCCCGGAGAAGACCUGCUGGGAAUCCCUGUGUUCUCCACACAGCUGCCUCCAGGGUGUGGCCCUCUUGGUGAGGGCUCUCCUCCAGACACGGUCCUCCACAGUGGCCAGGCUGAAGGCAUACCUGGCUUCCCUCUUCAGCCUGGACAAAGAUCCAGAAGAGCAUUCCCUCGCAGAGGUGGCCUUCUUUGUGGAGCUGCUCCUGAAAGACCAAGACUUUGCUGCCUUAGAGAAGACCUGGACGCUCCUGGUAGCGUGGCUAGUCCACCCCAGCCAGAACAUCCGCUACCUGAGCGAAAGGGGACUUCUCCAAAUUUAUGGCACCCUGAAGGCGGUGAAGAAACCCCAGGAUUUUAGUGCCGGGAUCCUGGGAGGUCUCAGGACCUCCAGUCUGGAAGCCACUUUGGGGGUCCUGGCCUUCAUGGAGCGGCUGAGGCACUGUCCAUCAGAACACCAGGCCACGGAGGAGCCUAAGAUCCGAAGGGCAGCCAUGAGGACCCACCUGGAUCUCCUGCAGCACCGCCACCACCACCACAAGGGUACAGAGGAGAACAUCACGACCCUCAUUGCGGUGCUGAUGCAUGUGGAGGAUGAGGACCUGGAGGUAGCACAGGCUGCAAAGGACAAUCUGAGCCUCCUGGCGGAAGCCCUCCUAUGGCACCUGGAGGGCAGGCUGCUGGCGCAGGAUUCUUACAGCCUGCAGGAGCUGCUGCACAAGAUCGCCAAGCGUCUGAUUCGGCAGCUCGGCACAGAGGACGCCGUGGAGAUGGAGGCCACCAAUAUCCUGGGCUUCUUCCGCAGCGAGCAGCCUUCAGUGAGGAGAACGGCUGCCCUGCUGAUCGGUCACCUGGUGCACAAAAAGGGCAGCAUCCUCACUGAAGGGAACAUAGAGACCUUCCAUGCUGCGCUGGAGAGCUUGCUUGGCGACCAUGACCCCAAGGUCGGGAGAGUUGCCUGCAAGACAGAGAAGAUCGUGAAGAAGGCCUUUUCCCUCCACUUCCGGCACGGGCUGCGGGCUGCCGUUCGGCGCUUGUGGUCGGGCUGUAAGAAGAAGAGACACCCGCCAGAGUACGGUGAUCUCUCCACCUGACCGACUGGAACAACAGCCCCGUGCUCUCCCCUUGAAGAUCGGAAGCUGAAGGGAGGCUCAGGAAAGACCAGGCAGCAAAGUGGCCUCCCAGAAGACCUCCUCCAACCGCGUGGACACAAGAUCUGUCCACAAGAAGACAGCAGGGAAGUGCAGUUCUGUCUGAGGAGUGAGGGGGAAGCAGGCUCCACUCCCCUGGCCCAAGGAAGCCCCGCAUCUGGGGUGCAGUAGCCCCUCCCCUUGCCUCUACUGACAGGCUGUGGGAGGAGGCUACAGGACCAGCCUGCCCCCAAGUGGCCCUUUGGAGCCAUUCUUGGGCUUUCCUUGGGUCCGGGGAGGAUGUGUGGCCCCAGCAGGAGGGAAAGGUCACUGCCUCCCUCCAUUCUCACCAGCUGGCCUGAGAGCGCCCCCUCCUCCUUCCACCUUUCUCCCCUUCCCCAGCAGCCUGGCUUCCCCUGCGAGGGGAAGCACCAUCCAGGCAUCCGCCCCCUCCCCUGCCGAGAGUGUGCUCCUCCCCCCCUCCACUCCCGCAGCCACGCCUCACUCCCCCCUCCGCUCCCUCCUCCUUCCUCCCCAAACCGGUCCAGCUUGCCCCCCCCCCCGUCAACCCGCAGCCCCGUGCCCGAUCCCCGCUUGCUGGGCUGCCGGAGUGGAAAGGGAGGAGGAGCAGGGCAACCCCACUGACGCUGCUUUGUGCUUCUUGCAGGCUUGUGCUGCUGCUGGGUGGCUGGAGGAGUCGAUCCGCCCCAGAAGAGGAGACCAAGUGAACAUGCCUGCAAGGAGCGGGUGUGUGUGUGUGUUGGGGGCUGGCUGGGACGCCCCCCAAUUUUGUUUGCCCUGCCAUUCCCUUGUUAUGUGUGACCCUGGGCUUCCUCCCUUCCCUCCCUCCCCCUCCCUCCCAGGGACAGAAUGGGCUUUGCUGGUCGCCCUGUUGGGGGCUGAGUAGGAAUUUUUGGCUUUCCAACAGAUUGGCCGUGAUGGAAAGUUUUUUUGCCUACUCCAUUCUGUCCUGUUUUGUUUCCUUUAGUUAGGAAGUUAAGUGACGACUUGUAUAUUAAGUAUAUUAAUAAAGUUGCUACUUUUGUUAAAAACCA